UGCAUAUCUAGUUACAGAUUGGGGAAGAAACUAGCCAAGAAGGUUGAAGACUUAAACAAUCUAAGAAGCACAAGGCUUUUUGACAUGGUAGCAGACAGAUUACCUCCAGCUUCAGUGGAUGAAAGACCCAGUGAGCCAACCGUGGGCAUGAUGUCCAUCUUCAAUAAGGUUUGGAGUUGCCUUGGAGAAGAGCAAGUGGGAAUCAUUGGUUUAUAUGGGUUGGGUGGCGUUGGGAAGACAACCCUUUUGACCCAAAUCAACAAUGAGUUCCUCAAAACAACUCAUGAUUUUGCUGUUGUGAUCUGGGCUGUGGUGUCACGAGAUCCAGACUUUCCCAAUGUUCAAGAUGAAAUUGGGAAAAAGGUUGGGUUUUGUGAUGGUAUAUGGAGAAAUAAAAGCAAGGAUGAAAAAGCCAUAGACGUCUUUAGAGCCUUGCGCAAAAAGAGGUUUGUGUUGUUGUUAGAUGACAUAUGGGAGCCGGUAAAUCUAUCAGUCUUGGGAGUUCCAGUUCCAAAUGAAGAAAAUAAGUCCAAGCUAGUAUUCACAACCCGAUCCGAGGAUGUAUGCCGACAAAUGGAAGCUGAAAAGAAUAUCAAAGUGGAGUGCUUGGCAUGGCAGGAAUCCUGGGAUUUGUUUCAGAAGAAGGUUGGACAAGACACUCUUGACUCCCAUGCAGAAAUCCCCAUGCUAGCUGAAAUAGUUGCCAAAGAAUGUUGCGGAUUGCCACUGGCACUGGUUAUCAUAGGCCGGGCCAUGGCUUGCAAGAAGACAACCGAGGAAUGGAAUUAUGCAAUUAAAGUGUUACAAGGAGCGGCUUCAAUUUUUCCAGGUAUGGGGGACAGGGUGUUUCCUAUUCUAAAAUUCAGUUUCGAUAGUUUACCAAGCGAUGCAAUUAAAUCUUGCUUCUUAUAUUGUUCCUUAUUCCCUGAAGACUUCAACAUUCAAAAGAAAAUUUGAUAGCUUAUUGGAU